AUGUUUGAAUAAUUGACAUCUACACUUACUACAAGACCAUUAACAUUUGCAAAGUUUUCAUUUCAAAAGGCCGAAGUAGAAUAAGAUGAAUAAUUAAGACCAAUUGUGAGUGGGAUUUAUCAACAUUAAAAAUAAGGUUCUAUGUUGACAAGUGAACUUUGGUCAAAAAAAUAAUGUAGAUAAUAUUUGAAGUAAUCUAAGUAUAUAUAAUGUAUUAUAUACUCAGUAUGUAAACAGCUAAAGGAGUUCUAAAAAGAUUUGCUCAUUGGGAAUGGGAUUAGAAUUCGAAUAAGGAAAGAUUUAAGAACCUCACUGAAAAACAUAAAUAAACAACUUAUACUAAUGAACGUGAAUUAGUAACAAAAUUGUAAUUGGGUACAAUAGAAGGGGAGAAGAGAUUACGAUAAAAAAUACUUAGAGAUUGGAGAAUAUAAAAGAGUUAUGAUAUCUAAGGGGAAUUAGAGAAAUAUAAAGAUUCAGAGAUUAUUAAAUCAAAAGGAAUUAAAUCUCAUUAAUCAAGUUAAUCAUUAGGAUAAUUAUCAUUAAGACAUUUAAUUAAAAAUAAUCAAUUAAAUCAUAUUAUUACAGAACUCUCAGAAUUAUAAGAAGAUACAAAAAAAGAUAAGAAGAAUUUUGAUAGAGUGACAAAAUAAAAUAGACAUACUAAUCGUUUAUAAAAAAUAUCUUUUGAUUAAUUUUUGUAAGACUGA